AUGGUCAGUGUCGGAAAACCGCGACUAGACAAGUAUGGCAAGAUACUUUCACGACUGUUUGAGAAUCUCGCCCUCUUUCACAUUCUCAAGCGAGUAGAUGGUCCUCACGCCGUCACUACUCAUGUUCCCGCCACUCUCCAAGAUACUAGGCGCAGGUUCCUAAAGAACUUGAGCUAUAUAUGCGAUUACAGAAAAGGGGGAGAUACUACGACUUCCAUGGCCCUCGAGGACAAGCAGAAAAGCGUCGUGUUUUGGGUUGCAGCAAACUCAACUCCAAAUGAUAAGGCCAUCGCCUUCCUUACUGAAGUACUCGAAUUGCUAAGAAAUGGGCCCAAAGAGACUGAGACUGAGCAGAAAGCUUUGAAUGGUAGACUGGCAAGGAUAUGUGCCGAGUUUGCUGCACCACGACUGAAAAAGGAGUGCAAACUGUUACACAGAGCUGCAAGAUAUUGUGAGAAGUACCUCAAGCUGGAUACUGACACGAUUCAACAGCCUGGGUCAAGUGCUCUGUUGGGAUGGCUUUCUCAGUUCUCGUAUUCGGGAGAAACUGAUACUCUCACUCUAUGUCAGACAGCCUAUGAUGCUCGUCACGAUCCUCAAAUGGCAACUUUGAGAACCUUGAGCCAUCAGCUCAGUGUGGCACCGCCGGAAACUGCAAAGACAUUUCAAGUCGUCAGGCACUUCGUAGGUCGCCUGGCUGAGAGAGUACGCACAUCUGCAUGCCUAGUUCAGGAUUCUCUUCUACUUGGGCCACUUCUCAAUUCAUAUGAAAUAAGACGAGUGGACGCCCCUAACCCAGCAAAAGUACCACCUGCGGAUGGCCUCACGAACUUGAACUCGAUAAUCAAAAGAAUUCUACCAGCCAACGAUCCCCGUCUGGAGGAUAUGCAGAGCUACGUUGCCUGGUUGAGUGGCCCAAUGAACCUUGAAGAGGCUAUCAGGAAUAUGUACGAUGAGGAUUCAGGCCGGCUGUGCGUGCAUUCUGAGAUCCAAAUGCUGGAGGAAUUUCACCGCAAUCAACGCAAGUUCGUGGGCAGUGAUCGAUACAUAGCUUGUAGUAAGCUUGCAUGCCUCUGCUGCAAGUUUUACUUUCGACAUCACCCUGGAACGUUCGUGGAACCAGAAUCACAUCAAAAACCCUACCUGAAUUGGAGACCCGUGGAGUUGCCCGGUGGUAAGGAGAACAUGCAUUGGCUAGACCAGCGUCGAGUGUUGGCAAUGCUUAGCAGCGAGCUGGGCUCGGCCGUCGAGAUGCAAAUCGUCAGCCAACAACAGCCCAACCCGUGGCAGCCGGAUUCUGUGACGAAUAUCACGUCGAGUAUGGCGGCCUUUGAUCUCUCUGAAUCUCAAGGAAUAUCUGGAGAUGAUACAGGCUGGAGCGAUGACUCUGCUUCGCUGGCACACUUGAACGAAGAUGAUUUCACUGAUGGAUCUGUCGAUGACAGCUAUGAACACAGCGACGACGAAUCUGACGGAGGAGUAGAAUUGGGAGGUUAG